AUGUCCAGCUCAGGUGAGGCAGAGCUCCUACACACAUUUAAGGGGAUUCCCUUUACCACCAGGUCUUCUCCAGAGCUUUUAAAAUCCUUGGAUACUUUUGAUGCUAGAGAAGAUGAUGUCCUUUUGGUUUCCUAUCCCAAAUCUGGCACUCACUGGCUUGCAGGAGUUAUAACAAAGCUUUACGAUGCUCAAGUCACAGUAACAUCUCCCAUUGAACUUGGAGACAUUUCCCAGCUGGAGGAGCUGAAUAAACUCUCAUCGAAGAGAAUCAUCCCAACACAUUUAGACUACAACAUGUUGCCUCCAAAUUUUAAGAAUAAGAAAUGCAAGAUGAUCUACAUCAGCAGAAAUCCAAAAGACACUGCAGUUUCCAUGUUUCAUUACUACAGAGAUAACCCAAACCUUCCCACUGUAGACAGCUGGACUGCUUUCUUUGACCUGUUCUUAAAAGGCAAUGUUGUCUGUGGAUCCUGGUUUGAUCAUUUCCUAAGCUGGGAAGAACAUGAAGAUGAGAAAAAUAUCCUCUUUUUGUUCUAUGAAGACAUGAAGAAGGAUCUCCCUAAGGUUGUAAAGGAAAUUACUCUGUUCCUGAAUUUAAAUGUCAGUGAUGCUGAUAUCCAAGACAUCUGCAAGAAGUCCUCAUUCUCAGAGAUGAAGAAUGACACAGAAAAGGAGAACAGCGACCCCAGUCACACCGUGUGUGCUCUGACAUCCAACAGGAAGCUGAUUUUCCGAAAAGGUACUAUUGGUGAUUGGAAGAACUACUUCACUCCGAAGCAGAAUAUUAGGUUUCAGGAGAUAUUUAAUGAGAAAAUGAAACUCAGCAAGAUGGCAAACAGUUUCAUCUAUGAGUGCUGA